ACCAGAGGAUACGACCACGCGUGUGUUACAGGCGAAUGUUGACACUGUAUGUCAAACACGAGUGAAUCUUUGCGAUAAACAUGAAGAUUUGUUCUAUUUGUAUCUAUUACAACACUGCUCACAUAAAUCUCAUGGACUGAGGGUCGAAGUGCAGCGCUGAAGACACAAACUUAGUUCAGCUGAUCGCUGGAUGUCGUCAUUAGUUUAGAUUAGACAGGACGAGGACUUUCAAACUGGAGUAGGAUGGGCUUGAACACCUGGCCUCUGUUUACAUCGGACAUCAAGUGAUUUUCAGAGCCACUCUUGGUGAUCUAUUGCUUUAACUUGUGACACGAUCUAUUCAAAUUAAAAACAGAACUUUUCCCGCUAUCAUCUGUCCUGAUGUCGGACUGCAGCUCGUCGGGUUCAGAUGAGGAUUUGGAUCCGGAGUCAGAGCUGCUGGACGAGCUUGGCGGCACUCUGAGUAAGUGGACUAACUACAUUCAUGGAUGGCAGGACCGCUGGGUCGUGCUGAAGGGAAAUAUUCUCAGUUACUACAGAUCUGCCGAUGAGAAGGAGUAUGGCUGCAGAGGGUCCAUCUGUCUCAGCAAGGCUGUCAUCACGCCCCAUGAGUUUGAUGAAUGCCGCUUUGACAUCAGUGUGAAUGACAGUGUCUGGUACCUGAGGGCUGAACAUCCUUUACUCCAGCAGCAGUGGAUUGAUACCAUUGAACUUCACAAGGCUGAGUCAGGCUACGGCUCAGAGAGCAGUCUACGUCGCAAUGGUUCCCUGCUGUCCCUCACAUCUGCCACAAGUGGCCUCUCUACCACCUCUACAUCCUCCUUCAAGAAGGGAUACGGCCUGCGGGAAAAGCUAGCGGAGAUGGAGACCUUCCGGGACAUUCUCUGCAGACAGGUGGACAUGCUUCAGAAGUAUUUUGACAACUGCACAGACAUUGAGAGCAAAGAUGACAUCCGUAGGGACAAAGAGGCUGCUGUUUUUCCUGCAGUAUCUGAUGAGGAGGAGGAGGAAUUUCCCACAUCACGGCCAGAUGGGGACUACCUGCUUGACAACAACAGCAGCAAUGAGAAAUUAUUUCUUCUGGACAGCCUCAAAGAUCCCAUAGGCAUUGAUUUCAAGGGUGAGGCCAUCACAUUCAAAGCCACUACUGCAGGAACCCUCUCCACACUUUCCCACUGCAUCGAAAUAAUGGUCAAACGAGAGGAGAGCUGGCAGAGACGACUCGAUAAGGAAAUUGAGAGAAGACGACGAGCUGAGGAUGCCUACAAAGCAGCAUUGACCGAGCUAAAGAAGAAGCCUCUUUAUGGAGGACCAGACUAUGAAGAGGGACCAAACAGUCUCAUCAAUGAAGAGGAGUUCUUCGAUGCUGUGGAAGCUGCGUUGGAUAAACAUGACCAGAUCGAGGAGCAGGCAGAAAGGUGCAGGGUAUCUCAGCAGAUCUCCCUCACCUCUGACAAAUAUUCUUCCACCAGUACUCAGAAAUGCUUGACUAAGCCUCGCAGUCAUACUUCCUCCUCGUCCUCCAUUGACCUCAUAAGUGCCUCUGAUGACGUGCACAGAUUGAGUGCUCAGGUGGAGGAGAUGGUGCAUAGUCACAUGACAUAUUCCUUACAGGAUGUGGGUGGAGAUGCAAACUGGCAGCUGGUUGUUGAGGAAGGCGAUAUGAAGGUGUAUAGGAGAGAGGCUGAGGAGAACGGCAUUGUGCUUGAUCCUCUCAAAGCCACUCAUGCUGUCAGAGGGGUCACAGGUCACGAGGUCUGCCACUACUUUUGGGACACAAUUUUUCGAAAUGACUGGGAGACAACUGUUGAAAACUUUAAAGUAGUUGAGGUGCUCUCUGAUAAAGCAGUCAUCAUCCAUCAGACACAUAAGAGGGUUUGGCCUGCCACUCAGAGGGAUGUGCUUUAUGCAUCAGUUAUUCGUAAAAUCUUCUCGACCAAUGAGAAUGAUCCAGACACCUGGCUGGUGUGCAACUUCUCAGUGGAUCAUGACAGCUACCCACCCUCUGCUAGAUGCAUUCGUGCCAAAAUCAACGUGGCCAUGAUCUGUCAAACACUAAUCAGUCCACCAGAGGGCGACAAAGAGAUCACCCGAGAUAACAUCCUCUGUAAAAUCACAUAUGUAGCCAACGUAAACCCUGGCGGUUGGGCCCCUGCAUCAGUCUUGCGAGCCGUUGCCAAGAGAGAAUACCCCAAAUUCCUUAAACGCUUCACCACAUACAUUCAAGACAAGACCAGCAGUGAGGCUAUUCUCUUCUGAAACACAUCAGGUUGUUUAAUCUGCAUUGCCAGGCUGCCUUUUGAUAGACCUGAUUAAUUAAACCAGAGGGAGCUGCUGUGCCCAACUGCACUUCAACACCAUUAACAAGAAACACUUUUCAAUCAGUGCACAUUAUUCAUACAGAAUAAACAAAAGUCAAAAAAGUGCAGAGAUGCACCCGCUUUAUGGAACACACCUAGCCACCAGCCCAACACAGUUUGUUCAUCUUUAAAAGGCUUUAACUAUUUUUCUUAAAUGAGCCAUGGCUCAGGUUUUGUGAAAGUGUUUUGCAUUUUUGUAAAUAUUUUAUCAUAGCUGAACCUGAUUUUGGUAAGCUAUGGCAUUGAUGGAAAAAUAUAUGCUGUAAACUUUGAUGUCUUGGUCUAAUCACAGUGUCUUCUCGGCUGCACAUGUGGUUUCUCACUGGCCUCAUCUAAUAGUCUUGCCUGAUGAUCAAAAGGAUAUCAAAAGAGCUUUUUGUACAGUUAGUGUCUGAAUGUUUAACAUUAUUUAUAUGUGAUGCAAUUACACAUUUUGAUUAUUGUAAUUAAAAUAAAUGGACUUUUAGCAAAGUGUAUCAAUAAUGGGAUCUGGGGCCUGUAUAAUACAUUAAUAAUCUGGAAAAUUAGAGAGUAUUUUGAUAGGCCCAUGGGCAGUCCCUUGUACAGUAUCAUUAUAUCAUUAUAUACACCGAUCAGCCAUAUUAAAACCACCUGCCUAAUAUUGUGUAUGUUCCCCUCGUGCCGACAAAACAGCGCCAACCCCCAUCUCAGAAUAGCAUCAGAGAUGAUAUUCUUCUCACUAUAAUUGUACAGAGCGGUUAUCUGAGUUACUGUAGACUUUGUCAGUUCAAACCAGUCUGGCAAUUCUCUGUUGACCUCUCUCAUCAACAAGACUUUUCCAUCUGCAGAAGUGCUCCUCACCAGAUGUUUUUUGUUUUUGGCACCAUCCGAAGUAAAUUCUAGAGACUGUUGUGUGUGAAAAUCCCAGGAGAUCAGCAGUUACAGAAAUACUCAAACAGCCCAUCUGGCACUAACGUGCUACUAGAUGACUAUAUUUCAAUUCCAGUGGGUCUGAAGUUUACAUACACUAAGUUAAAUGUGCCUUUAAGCAGUUUGGAUAAUUCCAGAAAAUUAUGUCAAGCCUUUAGACAAUUAGCUUGUGAUAGGAGGUGCACUGAUUUUGAGGUGUACCUGUGGAUGUAUUUUAAGGCCUACCUUCAAACUUAGUGCUUCUUUGCUUGACGUCAUGGGUAAAUCAAAAGAAAUCAGCCAAGACCUCAGAAACAAAAUUGUGGACCUUCACAAGUCUGGUUCAUCCUUGGGAGCAAUUUCCAAAUGCCUGAAGGUACCACAUUCAUCUGUACAAACAAUAGUACACAAGUAUAAACACCAUGCGACCACGCAGCCAUAAUAUCGCAGAGGAAAGAUUCUUUCUCCUAGAGAUGAAUGUAGUUUGGUGCGAAAAGUGAAAAUCAAUCCCAGAACAACGGCAAAGGACCUUGUGAAGAUGCUGGAGGAAACGGGUAGACAAGUAUCUAUAUCCACAGUAAAAUUAGUCCUAUAUCGACAUAACCUGAAAGGCUGCUCAGCAAGGAAGAAAACAAUGCUCAAAACUGCCCAAAAAAAAGCCAGACUACAUAUAUUUAUAUCUUCAGCUUUAGUGUGUCAGUAAUGAAAUAUAAAUGUUAGACUCCCAAACAUUACAUUUGUAAAUAGAAAAGAUUAGAAUAGAAGAACAGGGAGCCCUGCAACAGAUGGCAUGGUCCCCACAAAGACACCCACUGAACAUCGUGUCAGUCUGCGAUUACAUAAAGAGACAGAAGCUGUUGAGACAAAAUAGAUAGAAGAACUGUGGUGAAUCCUCCAAGCUCCAAAAGCUUUUUUAUGUUUACUGGACUUUGUAUGACAAAGUGAUAAAUGAAAAUUAUUUAUAUAAUUAUUUUUGAAGACAUCAUCACUAAGCAACAUUUUUCACAAGUGACUAAAACCUUUGCACAGUAUUGUAUGUGUA